GCCGCGACUAGCGUCAAUCGCAGCGGAUAAGUUUCCACCACCGGACAUAUAAUCGUUCAUUCUCAAGUUCAACACGCGUCGGAGCACCAGAGAUGAACAGUCUAGUGUUAGCACUGGCAUUAGUGCUACUGUCCGAGAACCGGCUAAUAAGUGCACAGGAAUGUGCGGGAAGAUGUGUUAAAAAAGAUGAGUGCAAAGUACCCGGUAGCACCGAUGUCAUUGUGGUUCCCGAUGUGCCUGCUCUUCCGGGAACAGAAGGAUACGUUGAUUUGAGAUUUGGAGACGGAUGCGAUCGGCUGGAAACAUGCUGUAACGAAAAAGAUGUAAUCCCCAGCGUUCCCAAAGCUGAAGUCUCAUUCGACCGAUGCGGCGAGCGAAAUCUCAAUGGUAUUGGAUACAGAUUGGUGGGGAACAAAGUCGGUGUAUCUGAAUAUGGCGAGUUUCCUUGGACAUUGAUGGUGCUAAAAACGGAAAUGGUACUCGAUAUUCCGAAGGAUGCUUAUGUGUGUGCAGCAUCUUUAAUAGCUCCGAACUUAGCGCUGACGGCAGCUCAUUGUGUGAUUAAACAUAAAAGUGAAGCUUAUCAUGUUCGUGCGGGCGAAUGGGAUACCAAUACUGCAAAGGAAUUGUUCCCUACCCAGACUCGCAACGUAGUAGAUGUAAUCAUUCACGAGAACUAUAAUCAGCUACACCACAACAACAUUGCGUUGCUGAAGCUGGAAACACCAUUUGAUGCGGACAAAAACGUACAGACGAUCUGUUUACCUCCCGCAAAUGCUAAUUUUGAUGGAUAUGAUUGUUUCACCGGUGCAUGGGGAAAAGAGAAGUUCAACGAAGGAAAGCUGCAAAAUAUUCUCCGCAGAGUGGAAGUGCCGGUCAUUCCCCAUAGCAAGUGUCAGGAUGCUUUCAGGACUACUCGUCUAGGGGCAUAUUUCACGCUGGAUAAAAGCUACAUGUGCGCCGGUGGCGAAGAAGACGUUGACGUUUGUACGGGCGACGGUGGAGCUCCACUCGCUUGUGCGAUCUCCGAUGGCAGUGGCCGCUACUAUCAGUCAGGAAUUGUGGCUUGGGGCAUAGGGUGUGGCAAAAAGGAUAUACCCGGGGCUUAUACCGAUGUGACCAAAUUUGUAGAUUGGAUUCUGACCAAGAUGACCGCACUAGGUGUAGAUCCGAAACCGGCAAUGUAUUCGAAAUAGUAGAAGGCGGAAAUACAUAUAUUCCAUAAUCCAAAACGUACUUUAUGAAAACCAAAUACAAUCAAUUAAUUACGUAUGUCAUUA